UGCCCUCGAAAUAAGGGCGUUGGUCUCACAAAAAAGAAGUAAAGGUUUUCAGUUUUACGGCCACGAUUUUUCUUCACGCGCAUCCCGAGAACGAUACAUUCGCAUCUUCAGAUACCCCAGGCACGACAAAAUUGUUCAAACGAUGACCUUUCGGCGGAUCAUUCUCAGGAUUUUUCUUUUUUUCAUUGUCGCAUCCGGAAGAGGAGUUGUGGGUUCACGAAGAAUGCCUCCACGUACGGCAUGGUACUUCACAUUGCAUCCAAAAGCUUCCUCGAUACCGCGACAUUUUUUUUUCUUUACUGGUAUACGCUCUAUAAUGGUCACACCCGGCGUUUUGGUUUUGGGCUCCACAUUACACGGUACGGUUCCGAUAGACGCGCGGUUUUUACGUCUUUUUCAUCCGACAUCUGGCGUCUUCCUUCAUAUCAUACGGUAUGAUCAUGAAUAUCGACAUAUCUCAGCAUUGCCACUCAGUCUGAGAUAACGACUUGAACACAGGGCGAGGAGCCGUUUGCCGUCCGUUCAUGUCCGAUCACAUGGAUGAUGCACCAUCGCACUGCCCUGGGAUCUAUCUGGUUCUGAUACCCUAG